GAGUAAGUGACCUUGAUAAUACUUAAAAUGUUAUCAAGCCACAUGUUCUAUAAUAUUCUCUUAAAUCUCGGCCUUGAGAUAGUAUCAGUGCUUGAAUAACAGUUAUUCAUCUUUUUUAUAAUGUUGAAGGGUGCUGUAAGUUUGGUCACUGGAGGGGCUUCUGGUCUAGGAAAGGCCACUGUGGAGAGAUUGGUGCAACAAGGAAGCCGAGUUGUCUUGUGUGAUCUGCCAACAUCUAAAGGAAAUGAAGUGUCCAAAGCUCUUGGAGAGGAUAAAGUUGUCUUUGCCCCAAUUGAUGUCACUUCUGAGAGUGAUGUCAAGAAUGCUCUUCAAUUAACCAAAGAUAAAUUUGGUAAGCUGGAUAAUGUGAUCAACUGUGCUGGAAUUGGUGUUGCCUUUAAAAUAUACAAUUUCAAGAAAGAUCAAGCCCAUAGCCUGGAAGAUUUCUCUAAAGUUAUUAAUGUGAAUAUAAUUGGAACCUUCAAUGUAGCUCGCUUGGGAGUUGGUUUGAUUGGUCAAAAUGAACCCAAUGAGAAUGGACAAAGGGGUGUUGUUAUUAAUACUGCCAGUAUUGCUGGUUAUGAGGGACAAAUGGGUCAAACUGCAUAUGCUUGCAGCAAAGCUGGCAUUAUUGGCUUGACUCUUCCAAUGGCCAGAGAUUUGUCCACCCAAGGAAUCCGUGUCUGCACAAUUGCUCCAGGAUUAUUUGAAACCCCACUGCUGAGUUCUCUACCUGAUAAAGUGCGUACAUUCCUUGCUAAGUCUGUACCUUUUCCACAACGUCUGGGAAAUCCAAUAGAAUUUGCUCAGCUAGUACAAAGUAUUAUUGAGAAUCCAAUGCUUAAUGGUGAGACUAUCCGUUUAGAUGGUGCCUUGCGCAUGCAGCCUUAAAUGUAAUAUCUUACAGAAAUAAAAGAAAGUUUUUUAUUAA